GAUCGACUGAGCUCGACCGUGCUUCGAAGUCGCUCUUGAUCCAGCACUUCAACCUUCCUACGCUCCUUAUGCACCAGAGCUUGGAUAAAAAUGCUAGAAUUGAGUCUUGGUUGAACUUCGUGUUGUUCCUUUCCGCUUUCUUUCCAGGCUCGUGAGAUCAAGACAUUGGCUUGACUGCCUUUCGUCUCUCCCUUGCCCCACGUCCCACAUCCCACAUCCCGCCUCCAGCCUCACAGCUACUCGGGACUCGGCUAGGGCUGAGUAGCUGCCCUGCAUAUAUUACAUGCGAUUGCAAUCAUGUUUCGCUUUCGAAGAUACCGCUAUUAUGUCUUCUUUGCUGCCAUUGUCGUCUUCCUGCUGUAUCGUGUCACUCAGAAUAAUGAGCAAUGGGAAUCCGUCUCGGCAUCCAUUCCCUUAGCCAAAGCCCCACCUAAGUCGUCUCUUGAGCGAGGCUUCGGCUUGACUAAUAAGCAAACCCGACCUGGUCCUGUCAAGAGCGAGACUGGGUUUACCAGUGAAGAUGACGAACCUCGAGUACAAUUGAAAGAGAAACCAGGCAAAGAACCCGAAAAAGUCAAGAUUCCUAACCUGAAACCAACGACCGGCGAAGACGAUGGUGGCAAAUUCGACUCUCAGAACACGGCUACCGCGACGAACCAGAGUCAAGUACGCGUAUACGAUAAAGAUGAGGCUGCGAAGACCACCACUGCUCCAUUAAUCAGUAUUCCAGACAAGAAUGUUGGUCAAGGCGCCAAGGGCGUUGGAGGGCCUCCUGGUAAAGGUGUUCACGGCGCACCUGGUGCGCAUAAGUCUAAGACCCAGAGCGCAACCACUACAAUUCACUGGAAGAAAUUCCCCGAGCAUUUCCCCGUCCCCAAAGACGAAAUAAUUCCCCUUCCGACGGGGAAGCCUAAACCUAUACUACCGAUCCAAUAUGAUUUCGAAAAAGAAUCGGCUCAAGCUCGGGAAAAGCGCCUGGAUCGUCUUGCUAAGGUCAAGGCCGAGAUGGUGCGUGGUUGGAAUGGUUAUAUGACCCAUGCCAAGGGACACGAUGAAUUAAGCCCUGUGUCCAAGAAAUUUCGUGACCCGUUCUGCGGAUGGGCUGCAACGUUGGUCGACGCACUCGACACAUUAUGGAUCAUGGGAAUGAAAAAUGAGUUCGAGGAGGCACUUCUCGAGGUCGAGAAGAUCGACUUCACCACCUCUGAGUUCCGAACUGAGAUCCCCGUCUUCGAGACCACUAUUCGAUAUCUUGGUGGACUAGUAGCUGCCUAUGAUGUUAGUGGUGGUAAAGCUGGAGGGUAUGAUAUACUUCUCGAGAAGGCUAUCGAACUUGCCGAAAUUCUGAUGGACGUUUUUGAUACGCCAAAUCGUAUGCCUGUGCUGUACUAUAAUUGGAAGCCCGCCUUCGCGAAGCUACCGAAGAGAGCUCAAGCGGGGGUAAGUGUGGCGGAGCUAGGCUCUCUUGCCAUGGAAUUCACACGACUUGCCCAAAUCACAAAGGAAAAUAGGUAUUAUGAUGCUGUAGCACGCAUCACAGAUGCCUUCUACGAGUGGCAAGAGCGGGGAACAACAAUCCCUGGUAUCUUUCCUGAGCGCGUCGAUGCGACUGGAUGCAACAGAACCGCGGCAUUAGAGAUCGCCGCCAAGGAGGCCGAGGUUGAGAAAUUAAGGCAAAUUGGUCUUCAGGCGUACGAUCCGGAGAAUACUAAAAGUAGCAAACAGGGCGUGGAAGUGGGAAGUAGCCAAGGUAAAUUGGUUAAGGGCGAGACGAGUCGCCUAGAAAGCCGCGCCGUGGGGACGCCUAAUGACGACGGAACCAACAAAGUGAAGAUCGAACACGGCGGGGAGGAAAUGUACGCACCCUCGAAAAAGAGGGUUGCUGACGAGAACGACAUGGAUCAAGAUGACACCACAGUGGACAAUCAUGACAGCACUUCUGUCAACUCCGAACCUAAGAAGAAGAAGGACAACUGUGUUCCACAAGGCCUUACAGCAGGAUCGUGGAGUUCAAAUGAACAGUAUAGUAUGGGUGGAAGUCAAGACAGCACGUACGAGUACUUCCCUAAGCAAUGGCUACUCCUCGGGGGCCUAGAACCCAAGUAUAAAACCCUGCACGCCAAAGUAACUGCAGCUGUCAAAAAAUGGCUCCUCUUCCGGCCAAUGAUUCCUGAUGACCGUGACAUCUUAUUCUCCGCCAAAAUCAACACUCAAGGGAAUCCGGAGGUCGACGCGACAACUGAGUGGGAAGUCACUCAUCUCACUUGUUUCAUCGGCGGUAUGUUUGGCAUGGGCGGGAAAAUAUUUGAUGUCCCCGAAGACGUAGAGAUCGGAAAGAGACUCACCGAUGGCUGCGUAUGGGCUUAUGAAAACACACCUAGCGGUAUUAUGCCAGAGGGUGCAACUGUCGUUCCCUGUGCCGAAGUCAACAACUGUCACUGGAACGAGACCUUAUACUGGCAGUAUUUGGAUCCUCUUUAUGAAACUCGUAUGGAGCAGAUGGCGGAAUACGAAAAACAGCAUAAGGACUGGAAAUCGAAAAAAGCUCAACAGGCGAAAAUGAAGGGACACAAAAAUCUUGGCGCGGCAUCCGGGGGGACGGCCUCCGCUGGUCUCGUUGACGAGGAAUUCGGCAGCUCGCAGGUGGCCACUCAGAAGACUGGGCUUGGGAGUAUUGGAAUGCAGAAGAGGGCGCCGCCCGCACCACCACCAUCGAAAGGGGCCUCGACUAAUGAUGUUGACAACGGUAUCACCCCUAAAAAGUCGGCUCAGGCGGCGAAUUUGGAAGAUGCGCUUGAUAUCAAUGGUGGCAAAGAUGCCGUAGCUGCUUCUGUCCGUGAUAAUGUCGAUCAAGUUCCCCUUACGCAGGAAGAAAUCGAUAUCGAAUACCCGGAACCGGAGCGCCCGAUGUCCCAUGAACAGUACGUAGGGAACCGCAUUGAAGCAGAGAACCUCCCGCCUGGUUUCGUCAGUGCCCACUAUCAUUCUUAUAUCCUCAGGCCAGAAGCUAUCGAGUCCGUCUGGUACAUGUACCGCAUCACGGGCGAUACGACAUGGCAGGACAAAGGAUGGAAGAUGUUUAAUGCUAUCGUUAGCCAAACCAGGACCGAGGCGGGCAACAGUGCUAUCGACAAUGUUCUGUUACCGAAUUCGGAUAAGACUGACGCGAUGGAGAGUUUUUGGCUUGCGGAAACCCUCAAGUACUUCUAUCUGCUUUAUUCAGAUCCAAACCUUAUUAGCUUGGAUGAGUGGGUGUUGAACACAGAAGCGCAUCCUUUCAAGCGACCUAUUUAAAUGAAAGGUUGGGUGAAAAAACCGCUAGGCUUAGAACGACAUCGGUGGUCUUUGUAUAGAUUAGAGGAAUAAAACAAUUCGGUAAUGGCGUUUGAAGUUGAGCAAAUUUGCGUCGGGUUCGGGCGUUUGCUGUUGGGUAAGGUACCUAUUCAUUCU